GAUUCCGAUGAUGAAAUAUCUCACUUAGAAUGGGAAACGGUCCGAGUCAGAUUCGUCAAAGCGGGUACGUUGAAGAAACUAGUCGAAGCUCUCUCCACAGAUGACGGUGAACUUGAAACCACAUACAUCAACGUCUUCUUAGCCACAUAUAGAAGCUUUUCUACUCCCAAAGAGGUUCUGAAGCUGCUGUUGCAAAGAUAUGAGGAAUUAUUAGAUGCGCCACAAAAUGGGAGACCCGAUCAACAUGAACAACACAGAAAUGUUUUUAAUUUCGCUGACACUUUUGGAGAGAACGACAAACAAUUACAGAAGGUAUUUCAGAAACAGAACCAUCACAUAGCAAAUAUUUCGUUUGGAACCAUUCCAUACUUGGGAACUUUUUUGACGGACCUCACCAUGAUAGAUACAGCAAUUCCCGACACUAUCGGAGACGGUUUGAUAAAUUUCGAUAAGAGAAGAAAGGAGUUUGAAGUACUGGCUCAGAUUAAACUCCUUCAAGGUGCCGCCAAUGCUUACCACUUCACUGAAGAUCCGGCGUUCGAUCGCUGGUUCGAUACGAUUCUCGUAUUGGACGAUAGGGAAGCUUACCAGCUUAGCUGUCAGAUCGAGUCUUCCGCCACUGGUAACAACACAAAAAUGAAGAAACGGAGCACCGGGCAUCAGAAGAACGACUCCAUCGCUAGCACCUCCAGCAGCAACAGUUCCCAGUUUUAUUGCGACAUCGAUAGUACCCCCAGUUCGCCGCACAAUAGUAUCGACAGAAAGUUGAGUCCGUCUCAGAUGUCUAAUUCUAGCAGCAACUCUUCCUUACCGUCGCUCGACAUCUCGCUAAAUAGUUCCCAUUCGGGCAGUGCAAACAAUAAACUCCAAGUACCUUUCAAUAACUCUGGGACUUUGAGUAACCAAUCGCAGAAAAGCAGUCCGGAAUUCUAUAUAAUUAAAGUGACAUAUGAAACGGACAAUGCCGAGACCGACGGUAUAGUGUUGUACAAAAGUAUUAUGUUGAGUAACAACGAAAGGACGCCCCAGGUUAUUAGAAACGCCAUGUAUAAGUUGGGACUUGAAGGCAAUCCUGAUCAAUAUACUCUUGCUCAAGUGUUACCUGAAAAAG